AUGUUGACAAAAAUAACUCAAACCAAAUUCAUACGUCAUGAUGACAUAAAUCACCUCAUCGAGUUCGCUACCAUAGUACAGAACGUCGUUGCAACUAUGCACGCUACCAAGGAGACUGGCCACCUGACAAAUCCGCUACUUAUGAAAGAGGUUGUUAAUAAGCUGCCAUCCAACCUCCGCUACCAGUGGUCAUUUCACGUAGCCAACAAUAUGCAAAGCUCGGUAUUGACCCUGAAUGAGCUAUCGGAAUGGCUAAUGGACGUAGCGAACGCGGCAACCAUUGUAGCGCCGACGCGUGCGACGACAGAAAAUAGACCGAAGGUACAUUACGACAAGAAAUGCGUUUUGACGACGACGCCGGUAUCAACACCUACUAGUACGUGUGUCAGAUGUAAAGGCAAGCACACAUUGAACGAUUGCGCCGAAUUUAAGCGUCUUCCGAUUGAUGACCGGUGGAGCUUCGUGACUGAACAGAAGCUUUGUUUUUCGUGCCUGUCAGAAAACCACCAACUCAAGACCUGCAAAAAUCGGAAGAGAUGCUCAGAGGACGGCUGCGGCAGACUGCACCACCGACUACUACAUGCGACGCCUAUCAAACCUGCAUGCGAACCGACGACGCAUGAGAGUGUUCACACUGCGAUAGCACCGGCAGUGAAUCAUUGCGAGGAGCCCAGAUCCCACGUUCUCCUGAAGGUGAUUCCAGUGGUUGUCACCGGGGCCAACGGCGACAUCGAGACUCUAGCGUUGCUGGACGAGGGCGCUACGGUGUCCCUGGUCGACUCAUCGCUGCUGGAACGCGCAGGUAUCGGCGGCCGCGUGUCGCCUCUGAAAAUUCGCGGCGCGUCAGAAGCUUUUGGUACAAAAUUUGAAAAUGACACUCCUCGUUCCCGGGAGGAUCAGCUGGCGCUGGAAAUAAUGGAGCGCACGACGCGGCUGCUUCCUGAGGGCCAGUACGAGACGGGGCUGUUAUGGAGGACCGACGACCCCGUGCUUCCUGACAGUCUACCGCAAGCGAGGAAACGUUUUAGAAAUAUCCAGAUCAAAAUGCGUAAGUCCGAUGACUUUGCGGAUAAAUACCGAGACAGAUUUAUCGACAAUGUGAACAAGGGCUAUGUGUCCAAAAUAGACCCCGACGAGGUUUCGAAGCGGACUGACAAAAACUGGUGGCUCCCUCACUUUGCUGUCUACAACCCAAACAAACCUAAGUUGCGCCUCGUUUUCGACUGUGCAGCGAAGUCAGAAGGGAAGUCAUUGAAUGACUUUCUUUUGACUGGACCGGACCUUCUGACUUCACUACCGAGUGUGCUUUUAGGGUUUCGAAAAGGCAAGGUGGCGGUCACUGGCGACAUCCAAGAGAUGUUUCAUCGAGUUAUGAUACGACCUGAGGACAGACAAGCACAACGUCUAUUGUGGGAGGACGGAGAGUACAUUAUGAAUGUCAUGACCUUUGGCGCCGUGUGUUCUCCUUCAUCGUCACAGUUUGUCAAGAACCUGAAUGCACGUAGAUAUGAACUGACACAUCCUCACGCCUGCCGUGCCAUCAUCGAUCAUCACUACGUUGACGAUUUCAUCUACUCACUGAACGACGAGGGCGAGUUGAUAAAGCUAGUGAAUGACGUCAUCGAGAUUCACGCUGCAGGAGGUUUUCACAUACGAAACUUUGUAUCAAACUCGACAACUCUUUUGAAGCAUAUCCCUCAAGACAGACUUUCUGCGUCAGCAGUUAAAGUCAUUACAGACAGUAAGGACGAGUUAGUAGAGAGAGUUCUAGGUGUCAGAUGGCUGCCCGAGGAUGACAACUUCGUCUUCAAGUUGAACCUUCUCAAUGUUACUGAAGAGCUUAGGACAGGUGUGAAAAGGCCUACUAAGAGGGAUGUUUUGAAGGUGGUCAUGUCUGUGUUUGACCCUUUAGGCUUUCUACUGCACGUGAUUAUCCAAGCGCGUAUACUGUUUCAGGAUAUUUGGCGCAGCAAGAUAGGAUGGGACGACGAAGUUGAGGUAAGUCACUACGCAGCGUGGCAGACAUGGUUAUCGGAACUCAACUCGGCUGCCAAUAUUACGAUUCCCAGGUGGAUAUUGACAGAAGAUUUUGACAACCUGGCUGAAUUGCACAUAUUCUGUGAUGCUAGUUCCAGAGCCUUCGCUAGUGUCGCUUACCUCCGCUCGCGUAAGAAGGAUGGCACCUGGCAUGUCGCUUUUUUGAUGGCGAGAGCUAGGGUUGCCCCCCUGAAAGUAAUGAGUAUUCCACGACUGGAGCUACAAGCUGCUGUCAUGGGGGCGCGAAUGUCUCAACACCUACGACAAUGUGAGAUGGUUCCCCUUUCUAAGCUAACGCUGUGGUCGGACUCCAAGACUGUUUUGAGCUGGCUCAACUCAGAUUCGGGAAGGUUCAAGCCUUUUGUCGCACACCGAGUCAGCGAAGUCACCGACCUGACCGAAGUGACUCAGUGGAGGUGGGUCCCUUCGCAUCUUAAUGCAGCUGACAGCGCCACAAGAGAUUCGACCACGGUCCACAGUGAAAAAUGGAUUCAAGGCCCGACCUUCUUGACAAUGCCUGACGAACAGUGGCCUGACGAUGUCGGCAGAGACUUUGAUACGGACUUCAUUGAUGCCGAUGACAAAGAGGUAAAAGCUGUUUUAUUUACCGCUGCUAAUCCUGUCAUAGAAUUACCGGACGUCAAAAGGUUCUCCAAGUAUUGGCGUUUUGUACGCAGCACUGCUUGGUUUUUUAGAGCGAUAGACAACUUCAAGACUAAAAAGCCUGACUGGACUCGUACUGAACUUUCUGCCUUAGAAGUGACAACUGCAGAAGAGUGGUGUGUGAAAGAGAGUCAAAGGAGAUCUUUCGCCGUAGACAUAAAUCAUCUGAAGAGACACGGACAUGUUGACAGUUCCAGCUCUUUGCGCCAGCUUAAUCCCUUUCUUGAUUCGCAUGACCUGCUCAGGGUUGGGGGAAGGAUUGAUGCGGCAAACGUUCAUUAUGAUGCCAGACAUCCAGUGAUUCUGCAUCCUUCGGACUAUUUUACCAAGCUGCUUCUUCAACGAUAUCACGAAGACUCUGCCCAUUCAGGAAGAGAAAGGAUACUCCAGGAAAUCAGGAAGCAGUUCUGGAUCGUCAAUGGACGAAACGCGGUGAAGAAGACGUUUUAUGACUGCCUUAUAUGCCGAAUAAACAGGGCAAAGUCUGUUGCCCCGCUUAUGGGACAGCUGCCCGAUUGUAGAGUGAACAGAGUUGGCCGACCGUUUACUCAUACGGGCAUUGAUUAUUUUGGUCCUAUGCUGAUUAAGAUAGGCCGCAGACACGAGAAACGGUGGGGAGUCCUGUACACUUGCAUGACCGUCCGGGCAGUGUAUGUUGACCUGGUCAGUGACCUGACGACCAGCUCCGCUAUUCUCAGUCUCCGGCGCUUUAUUGCAAGACGCGGCUGUCCGGCGGUCAUGUAUAGUGACAACGCCACAACAUUUCGAGGGGCUGACAAAGAGCUCAAGCAGGCUGUGAUGUCGAUGGACCGAGGGGAGCUGCUACGUUUUGGUUCAGUUAGAAACACGGAAUGGAAGUUUAUCCCGCCAAAUGCUCCUCACAUGGGGGGCUGCUGGGAGAGGUUGGUGCGAAGCAUCAAGACCGCGCUUCGCACUACCCUAAAAGAGAGGGUCCCCAGUGAGCAGACGUUGAUGACCUUGUUGGCGGAAGCGGAGUACUUCGUAAAUAGCCGGCCGCUAACAUACAUUCCUUUAGGCUGCGAUGACUCACCUGCUCUUACUCCUAAUGACUUUUUAUUUACAGACACUAACUUCAUCGACCGACCCUUUGGACAAUUUACUGACGGAGACAUGUUACGGCGUUCCUGGCGGGAGUCGCAGAGACUGGCAGACUUGACUUGGAAGCGCUGGGUCAGGUAG